CCACAAUUUUAAAACCUCUAGAAUCUACAAAUCUGGCUAAAUUCUUAAUAAUCGGUACAAUCUUCGCCCUGCUUUCCCUUAUAUGUUCUCUACUAAUCCCUGAGUCUCCCAGGUAUUUGUACGAGAAGAAGAAGUGGUCUCAGCUCAGAGAGAGAGCAUUGCCUUAAUUGCUGGUUUCAAUAAGGUUGAGAUGGAUGAGGUGUACCUUAUUGAUGCUGAAGAGAAAGAGAACAAUGAAACUGAAGGGUUGUUGAGGAGAUGUGGGCAUGAUGGAGUAGGGAAGAAGGCAAGUGACUGGCAAGAGGGUGGCAAGGAUGGAGAAAAGAAGGUAAGGGUUGGUCAUGAUUUGGGGGAUUUUGGUUUUUAUUUAUUUUUGGUUAAGGUACCGGAAAGAAUGAUUGAAGUAAGCCAGUAUUCAGCUAUUGAGGAGCUUAAAAAUCCGAUAAUAUUGUUAAACCUCGUUUGAAUUGCUGGUUUAUUCUGAGUUUGAUGAUUCUGUUAUCAAAUGGUCGGGUUUUACAUUAAGUACAUUGGAGGGAAUAUCUAUGUUAACACUUUGGCAACUUGUUUUUCAGAGAUUUUGGGAAAUUUCUGAGCAAGUUGAUCCCAAAGAAUAAUAGGAACCAAGAACACAUUCCUCUUCUUCUUCACAAUGACUUUUAUGUUUUCCCUUCCAAUGAUUAUGACCAGGGAUGUGGUGCUUGUUGCUAUAUCUAUCUUUGGAUGCAAAUUCUUCUUAGAAGGAGCAUUUAUGGUAUGCUAUUAUGCAAACGCAGAGUUCUUCCCAUCUCUGUUUUCUCCUUUUGCCUUCUCAUUCUGUGGGUUCUUCAGUCACAUCAUCGGUGCUUUAGCUCCAGAAGUUGCUGAGGUCAAGCCUGGAAGUGUCCCAAUAUUUGUGUUACUUGUUUUCAUGAUGAUUGGUGUAGUUUUCACCGUAUUAUUGAAGAAGAGGUACACAAGUGAUUCUGAGGAACCAGAUUUUGAAAAAUUGAAAUAGAUUAAGAUUUCAACC